AUGUCGGACCCCCGUUUUGCUAGGCUUAAAACAGAUCCUCGGUUUCGUCGUCCCAAGAAACAGCAAUCUAAAAUCGUUGUAGAUGACCGCUUCAAGUCUGUUUUUGCACCCUCCAAAAACAAAAAAAGCAAGGGCAAAUCUGGUUGGCUAACAGCUGUAUCAAUUGGCCGCGUGGAUAAAUAUGGACGUCCUGUCUCUGAUGAUCAUGACCAAGAAAACUUGAGGCGGUUCUAUCGCCUUGAGAACGAGGAAUCUGUUGAAAGUCAGCCUUCAGCGUUGGAUUAUGCCCGUGGUGAAGUUCUACUUGAAUCCUCCGAUGAAGAGGAAGAACAGAAUGACAGUGAUGAAGAAGACACCUUUGUGACUGUUGGACAGGAUUCAUCGCGCCCUAUAUCCAUCAGGAAUGAUGAAGCGGAAAUAGAUCUUAACGAAUCAAAUUUCGAGGAUUUAGAUGCUCAGGCUGCCGCAUACAAUGAAUCCAACCUGGAAACUGAUACCAUCCCAGAGGCCUCAAGGACUAAUAGGUUAGCGAUCGUCAAUCUUGACUGGGACCACGUUCGUGCAGUACAUCUGUACAAGAUAUGCUCAUCUUUGGUAUCACCAACGGCUUCGGUAGUUUCUUCCUCCUCGAAGACAUCCUUUGGUUCGGAGAAGCGGCAGCGGAAUGUGAAGAGUAGCGCUACUACUGUCGUUCGUGGUCGUGUUCUCAGCGUGAAAAUCUAUCUUAGUCAAUUCGGAAAGGAAAGACUUGCUCGAGAGGAGAAGGAGGGCCCUCCGCCAGAGAUCUUCAAAAGAAAGCAGGUCACUGAUGAUGAAGAGGUUACAGAUCAAAAUAUUAUACAAGUCGGUGACGAGAAUGAAUUCGAUGAGGAUGCUCUGAGGAAGUAUCAACUCGAGAGGUUGCGAUAUUAUUAUGCUAUUCUUACGUGUGACACUGUCGACGCCGCUUCGCACAUUUACGAUGAAUUGGAGGGCACAGAAUUAGAACGUUCCGCCAAUGUUUUUGACCUGAGUUUUGUUCCGACUGAUAUGACUUUCGAGGAUGAGCCCAGAGAUGAAGCUACCGAAGAUGAGGGUUCUGCAUAUAAAGGCGUUGAUUUUGUCACCGAUGCUUUGCGUCAUUCGAAAGUCAAACUCACCUGGGACGACGACGAUCCUACUAGAAACCAGAUGACGCGUCGGAAAAUUUCACGCAAGGAGUUGGAGGAAGCGGACUUCAAAGCGUAUCUUGCUUCUUCGUCUUCAGAAUCCGAGUCUGACGGUGAAGACAAAAAGAAGUCAGGGUCGCGAGAGAGACUGCGCUCUCUGUUGCUCGGAGGUGGGAAUGACCUACCGGAGGGCUGGAACGACGGAGAUGGGGGUGGUGAUGACGGCGACGUUGAUAUGGAGGUGACUUUUGCACCAGGCUUGUCGACAACGAACGAAGACAAGGAGGAGACGACCCUCGAGAAGUAUCAACGCAAAAUGAAGGAGAAAAGAAAGAAAAAGAAGGAGCAUGGAUCUGCGAAGGCUACUGAGGACGAGAAACAGGUCGUGGGAGCUGAUGAUUUCUUCGCUGCUGCAAGCGACGACGACGGUGAAAUCAAUUCUUCGGAUAGAAAGAGCGGAAAGGUGAAGGUGAAGAAAUCGAAGACACAGGAUGUCGCCACUGAGAAUGAACUAUCUCUUCUUGUUGGGUCGAGUAACGUUGAGCCUCAACAUUUCAACCUAAAAUCGGUUAUCAAAGCCGAAAAACUAAAAGGGAAGAAGUUGAAAAGGGGGAAGAAGAAGGAGGUCGAUGAAGCUGAGUUGCAGGAGGAUUUUUCCAUCGAUGUCAACGAUGACCGUUUCAAGGCAGUUCAUGAAAACCACGACUUCGCCAUUGAUCCUUCUAAUCCUCAGUUCAAAAAGACGAAAGCGAUGAAAACCUUGCUCGAUGCUCGCUCGAAACAAAGAACCAACCCUUCCGAUACACAACCACAGGAUGAAAGCAGCGGCCAGAGCCUACAAAGUCUCGUAGCAAGCGUUAAGAGGAAGAGUACUUCUUCGGUUACACCGAUAGUUGGCAAACGUCGUAAGCUAUAA